AUGUCAUUUACUUCGAUUCCCAUUCUGGACCUGCAACUCGCCCGGGACCCGGCCACCAAGCCCGAGUUCCUGGAACAGCUGCGCUACGCUCUCCUAGAAGUGGGAUUCUUGUAUCUCAAGAACGUAGGCAUCCCAGAGGACCUCUUCCAAGAUGUCAUCAAGAAGGGCAAGGGGUUCUUUGACCUGCCUCUAGAAGAGAAGCUCAAAAUCGAGAUGAAGAACGCAAACUCCUUCCUCGGGUACUCUCAGCUCUCUGCGGAAAUCACCGCCGGCGAAAUCGACCGCCGCGAGCAGAUCGACUUGUCCACCGAGCACCCUGUCCCAUCUCCAGGCGCUCCUCUGUACCACAACCUCCUGGCGCCGAACCAGUGGCCGGCUGAAGACUACGCGCCCGGCUUCCGGGCCACGUACACGGACUACAUGAAGCGCAUGGGCGACGUCUCCCUCUACUUUACGUCUCUCAUCGCCGAGGCCAUCAAGCUCCCCGGCGACGCCUUCAACAAGUACUUUGACGAGGACCAGCAGCACAAGCUCAAGAUCGUAAAGUACCCCGACAUGGCGGAGCUGGGGCAAGAGGGCGGCCAAGGCCAGGGAGUCGGGCCACACAAGGACAGCAUGCUGACGAGCUACCUGCUCCAGGCCACGUCCCACCGGGGCCUGCAGGUGCAAAACGUCCAGGGGGAGUGGAUCGACUGCCCGCCGAUUGACGGCACGCUGGUCGUGGCGAUAGGGCAGGGGAUGGAGGCCUUGACACAGGGCGUCUGCGUGAGCACCACGCAUCGCGUGCUGUCGCCGGCUGCGGGGUCCGGGGCCAGGUACUCCAUUCCCUUCUUCCAGGGGGUGAAGCUGGAUGCCGAGUUUGACGACCUGGAGACGGUGGGUGUCGGGAGGGUGCCCGACGAUGUGAGGGCGCAGAGGAGCAAGGUGAUGGAGCGGACGGGCGGGAGGAUUGACGACGUCGAGUUUACGUUUAGGGCGGGGGCCGUGGCCAAGACGUUGGGCGAGGCCGCGCUGAGGAACAGGGUCAAGAGCCAUCCGGACGUUGGGGAGCGGUGGUAUCCCGAUAUUCUGAGGGCCAUCAGGGAGGAGCAGGCUGCGGCGGCGGCGGCGGCGGCGGCCAAGAAGAGUGCUGCCGGACCGGGGCCCGCUGCUGGUGUUGCUCCAAAGGCGGUUGAGGCUCAUUGA